CAAAGGAAUGAACCCGGAAAUGAACUUCAACUCCCAGAGUGCACCUCUUCCAGCUUAUACUGUACAUGGCGACUGAUCGAAGACAAGGGGCAGAUCGCCUUCCUAUGAGCAGAUAAGGCUGUCAGUUUCUUCAACGCGUGUCAUCAUGGAGGUGGUCAAAUCCGUCAGUGGGGAAGAAGAGACGGGUUUGAAGCGGCUGAGGUUCGACGCCGCUGUCAAAGUCAUCAAGAGUUUGCCCCCAGAUGGUUCUUUUCAGCCCUCCAACGACAUGAUGCUUAAGUUCUACAGUUACUACAAGCAAGCCACCGUUGGCAAGUGCAACACCGCCCGACCCGGCUUCUGGGACGUAGUGGGCAAAGCGAAAUGGGAUGCUUGGAACUCUCUGGGUGAAAUGACCAAAGAAGCAGCAAUGGUAGCCUACGUUGAUGAAAUGAAGCUGAUUCUAGAGGGCAUGCCUAUGACGGGCGAGGUGGAGGAGCUCCUCCAGGUGCUCGGCCCCUUCUACGAGCUGGUGGACGAAAAGAAAAAGAUCACGCAGAUAUCAGACCUAAGCACAGGCUUUGGCACGGCUCUGAACACCAUGUGCUCAAAGAGCGUAGCCAAGAGCAUCGUCAGAAACAUGGAAAUGAACGGAACACUGGAGAAACGACCAGCCAAGGUCAUACGAGAGGAUGAAGAGACAUCCGAUGAUGAAGAAGAGGGAGAAGAGGAAAGAGAUGUAGAGACGCAGGAGGUCAAAAAAGCCUCUCAGCCAAAGAAGAAAGCGUCUGGCAUGGCGCACAAAGCCACAAACGGCAAGGUGGCAAACGGCUUCGCACUUUUGACCAACGGCGGCCACUCGCUCGCCCCUCAGGAGGGCUCAGCCGAUCAACCUCUGCUCAACGGCCACCAUGAGGACGCCAGCCUGGACGUGUCACCUCCCACUCAGCUUGCGAGCGACUCGGACAGCGAAGUGUAUUGUGACUCUGUGGACCAGUUUGGCCAGGACGAGAACUCCGAGCAGAACCACUCUCUGGGUGACCUGGAGGAGGAAGAGGACGGCGAGGACGUCCAGGGACCACCGCAGGUGAUUAAGUGCGGCGGCGAGGAUGGAGACGCCGGCAGGAGCAUGAACCAGAGGUCAAGGUUGAACGUCAACAUGCCAAACUCAUCAGUCGGUGGCAAAAGAGACUCCAGAUCCUCCAGUCGUGGCUCUGGUGCGCUGAAGCCAGUGCACGGCGGUGGAGAUGACGGCGACGGCGGUCGCAGGGGCGGAGCGUCCACGUCCGGCAUCAAUCUCAACGAGCAGAUCGUAGCGGCGCUAGCCCACCUACAGGAGGACAUGCGGAGCGUCCUGGAGAGGCUGCACACCCUGGAGGCCCUCACUGCCACCCAGGCCAGGUCAGCGGCCAUGUCUCCUGUCCACCUGUCAACACCAGUCAGUAGGAAAAAUCAGAACCCAUCCUGGUGGCCUUUUGACAUCUCCCCCACCAGUCUGGCAUUCGCCAUGGUCUGGCCCUUUGUGGUGCAAUGGCUCAUCAGCCUCUACCUGCAGAGGAAGAGAAGACGCCACAACUAAAACAAGGAGCGGCAACAAUGGUUAAAGUAGAAGAAGAAUCGUCCCGGUGACUUUUGGCAGCAUUGGCAUCCACUUGCAGCCCAGUAAUCCUUUAUUUUUGCACUAAAAGGAAGAAAGGCUUGAGAGAACAUGUCCAGUGUGUGCAUGUGGUACUAAAAAAUGUUUUUUUUGCGGAAAAAGGUCCAUAGAUUGGAUGAUGGCUGUUUCCAUAGUAACUAGGGCUUCUCUGCACAAGUGGGCCAGAUAAUAUUUUUGAUGUGGUUUUAACUUUUCACUUAGUUGCCCAAGCAAAGCUUCUAAAAUGUUAUAAUGACUAGAUAGGAAAACCAGAAUGUGAGGAUAAUAUAUGAUUAUAUACUGUAAUAAGUGAUAUUCUUUGUAAUUCUGAGUUUGUAUUUAUUGCUUUUAGCAACUCGAUCAACUGGCAAGCUUAGUGUUAAGGUUAUAUUGUCCACAUAGAAGUGCCUCAACAUCCAUCGCACACAAUGGCUCUCAUGUUCACAUAUUGUAGCAUUCUAGUACUGGACCAAAUCUAACAUUUGCUUGUCAUCAAUGUUUUUCUAUGUUGUCUAAUCGUGUGACGAUAUAAUGUAGUGACAGUCGUACAAACUGUAAAUGAAUGCGAUAUUGUUAUUGCGUGAUAUAUGUAUAUAAUACAAAAAAAUCUAUUUACAUAAGGUCUGCACUAACUUGUUAAAGAGCAAUUAAGCUGUAAUAAAAUGUACAAAUAAUAGUUUUUACUGAAAGCGCUGUGGCCCUCUGCCUGUGGAUAGAGCGAUCUAUGCAUGUCCUAAUCUAAGCCUCCAAUAAAAGUUUCAUAAAA